UUUUUAUUUAAUUUUUAAAGUCUACUCUGUCAACCUCACUCUCUCUCUCUUUCUCUAAGUCUCUCUCCCUCACACAUCUGUUUCUUUUUUUUUUUUCAUCUGCUAGGAAAAUUCUGCUCGCCGAAAGAGCAAAGAGAGAGAGUUCUUGCUUCAACUUCAGCUCCCAUUCUCAAAAUGCCAACACAACCACAACAAAUCCGCCAUCAUUCUUACUACCCUACAACGUCGUCUUCUUCCUCCUCUUCUUCCGCCUCCUUAAAAGGCUGUUGCUGCUGCCUCUUCCUCCUCUUCUCCUUUAUUGCUCUCCUCAUCCUAGCCAUUGUCCUUAUAGUAAUCCUCGCCGUCAAACCGAAGAAGCCCCAGUUUGAUCUCCAGCAAGUUGGCGUGCAGUACAUGGGCAUCUCCGCACCCAAUCCCACCUCCCUGGACCCUACCACCACCACCACCACUGCCAACUCUAUCUCCACUGAAACGGCGUCGCUUUCCCUCACAAUUCACAUGCUCUUUACCGCCGUUAACCCAAACAAAGUGGGCAUCAAGUACGGGGAGUCCAAGUUCACGGUAAUGUACCAGGGGAUUCCCUUGGGUAAAGCUUCGGUACCGGGGUUCUACCAGGAGGCUCACAGUGUGAGAAACGUAGAGGCCACCAUCGCCGUUGACCGAGCGAAUUUGUUGCAGGCAGAUGGUGCUAAUUUAAUCAGAGACGCCUCUUUGUAUGACCGCGUUGAGUUGAGGGUUUUGGGUGAUGUUGGCGCUAAGAUCCGCGUCAUGAACUUCGAUUCUCCCGGCGUUCAGGUAUCCGUGGAUUGUGCAAUUGUGAUAAGUCCGAGGAAGCAGUCUCUCACCUACAAGCAGUGUGGGUUUGAUGGUUUGAGAGUGUAGUUGAUGGGAAGUGACAUUUUAUUGUUAUUAUUAUUUUUACAAUUGAUAAUUUCAAAAAAAAAGAAAUUAUUUUCCAAGUUUCUCCGAAAGUGAGAGUGAGAAGUUAUAAAAAAAAAAAAAAAAAAGCAAAAAGGGCUCUUCUCACAUGGAGUAUUAGUAAAGUAAAGGUCGUGAAGAUGAUGAUUCAGAAGAUUCUUGAUACCUAAUCUCAUCGAUUGAAUUUUCCAACUCGUUUUUUUUAUAUUGGUUUCUUAUGUUGGAAGGAAAAUAUGCUAACUACCUGCAAAGUCCCAUGUGAACUGAAUCUCAUUUUGUCUGACUAUUUCCCAGUCCUCUCUCUCUCUCUCUCUUCA